AUGAUUCUACGACUUUUCGUGCCCGCCGGAAGCGCCGUGGCCCGUCGUCGCUUCAGCUCGAAAAUCAGAAAUAUCGGAAUUGUGGCACACGUGGACGCCGGCAAAACUACAGUAACCGAGCGAUUGCUCUACUUGGCCGGGGCGAUCAGUGUGGCCGGAAAUGUGGAUAAAGGGACGACGGUCACCGAUUUUUUGGAUAUCGAACGGGAAAGAGGUUAUUUUCUGGGCUUUUACCCGAAAAAAUUUAAAUGAUUUCCGCUUUGAUUUCGCUGGAGCGCACUUUCAUUGUAUAUAUCUAUAUAUAUAUAUAUAUAUACAAUUUCCAGGCAUCACAGUGCAAUCGGCGGCCGUCAAUCUGGACUGGCUCGGCCACCGAAUCAACCUGAUCGACACGCCGGGCCACGUGGAUUUCCGUGUCGAAGUGGAGCGUUGCGUGCGUGUCCUCGACGGCAUCGUCUGCAUAAUCGACGCUUCCGCAGGAGUGCAGCCGCAAACACUGACCGUCUGGGCACAAAGUUCCAAAUUCGGCCUUCCCGCGCACUUUUUCGUCAAUAAAAUGGACAAAAAAGAGGCGAACUUUGAGAAUUCGCUAGAUUCGAUCGAGCAAAAACUGGGCGUGAAGGCGGUGAAAGUGACGGUUCCGUACGCGAACGGAACGGGAAUUAUCGAUGCGAUGGCACGCAGAUUUCUGAACAUUUCGGACACGGAAAACUGGCUCGAAAUCCGACCAAACACUCACGAACACGAGAUUCUCGACGCCGCCCGUUCCGAUCUUUGCUAUUCGAUUGCGGAUUUAGACGACGAGUUCAUGCGCAAAUUCCUCGAUGAGCACGACGGAAAACACGAAAAAAUGAGCGAUUCGGAGAUCGGGGAGACAUUAAAACAGCUGACGAUUGCGUCGAAAGUGGCGACAGUCUCUUGCGGAUCGGCGAUUCGAAGUCUGAAUUGUGUGCGGCCCCUUCUCGAUUCGGUCGUCAAUUUCUUUCCGUCGCCGGAAAUGAGGAAUCGAGAGUUUCAACGCGUUUUCGGAGAUGAUUUGAGCGCUUUGGUGUUUAAGGUACUGAUCAGAGCCCGUUUUCAUAGCUAUUUGUGAAGAUAUCAAAGCACGGUCAACGGAUAACUUGUUCAUUAUAACAUUUUGAACAUUUUUUCAGUUGACAACUUUCUGAUAUCUCUACAGACAGCGGUGAUAUAUUGCUAAGAGAUGAUUUCACUUUCAGAUCAGCCAUGACAAACGACGUGGCCAACUGAGCUACACGCGAGUCUACACGGGCCGCCUGCAGAAUAACUCGACAGUCUACAACUCGUCGCGGUGCUCGUCAGAAGGUCCCAUCAAGAUAUUCACACCGUACGCGGACGAACUGAAACCGGUGGAUCACGUGGAAGCGGGCAGCAUUGCCGUCGUGUCGGGACUCGAGAACACUGUGACCGGCGAUACGAUACUCGGGAACAGGGAUGCGGGCGAACGAGCGUUCGGAGUUGUGAAAGAGUUAUCGGAGAGCGAGGAGAGUGAUUUGUUGCGAGCGAAAAGUUCGCAGGACGGAACGACAGUCGUCUUCUCGGGCAUUGAUUCUCCGGAAGCCGUCUUCUUCUGCUGUAUCGAACCGCCGUCGAACCGGCAGCAGCAGAAGUUUGAUCGGGCGCUGAACGAGCUGACGCGCGAGGAUCCUUCGAUGAAGAUCCGCUUCGAUCGGGACACCGGACAGACUAUUGUCGAGACACAGGGAGAAUUGCACUUGGAGUCGAUCAAGGACCGACUCAAGAGAGGAUACGGGUUGGAUGUGUUCAUUGGCAAGUUGCAGGUUAGAAGAUGUCCGAUGUGGGUCCUAGCUUUGCACGAUUCUCAGUCUUGGUUAGGAGUACCGAUUUCUAGGAUAAUUUUCGCAAAAUUCGUCGUCUUCCGGGUCUCAGCCAUGGUUUUGCACACCUCGGCAAGCGUUCCUUUCCUUAUGCCGCGUCCAAAGUCUCGGAAAAACGGCUGGUUUUUCUGUCUAAAGUCGGCUGAAAUUUGCGUGAAAAACGGGGAUGCGCACAGCUCAAUGAAUGUAACUGUACCCCUAAAACUACGGUAUUUUUUGAAAAUUUGUUAAUUUUUUGAGGAUAUUUGAAAAUAUUCAAAUUUCUUGCGCAAAUUUUCAAAAAAUACCGUAGUUUUAAGGGUACGGUUACAUUCAUUGAGCUGUGCGCACCCCCGUUUUUUACGCAAAUUUCGGCCGACUUUAAACAGAAAAACCUGUGGUUUUUACGGUUUUUCCGAGACAUUGGACGCGGCAUUACUCUCAACCAAGACUGAUAAUACUAUCGGCACAUUUCAAAGUGAAUGCGCUCUGUUGAGUAGGCCCUCUUUUUGUGAUCCGGUGAAGUCGAAAUCACGAUUGCAACAGAGCGCAUUCACCUUAAAAUGACCCAAGUCGGAUCACAUCCUACACAAAUGCAUAAUAGAAGAUCCCCAGGUGGCCUACCGUGAAAUGCUGACCGAGGAGAUGACGCGAACGGCGCGGGUGGAGGACGGAAUGAGCGAGAAGAAGCGUGCCGAGUCGGUGCAACUCACGAUGCGCCUCUCGCCAACCGACCCGACAAGCGCCGCACCGUUCAAAAAAGUGGAAAUGGAGUUGGCGCAGACGGCACGGCCUGUUCGGCCCGAUUGGCAAAAGGCCAUCAGCGAGGGAUGCUCGAAUGCACUUCAGAACGGACCGUUGGUCUCUUUUCCGGUGCACGCGGUCAGAAUUACAGUCACUGAGGUGAUCGUCAGCGGCGGAAAGAUCAAUCCGGCACUGUGUGAGUUUUUUCGAGAAAAAUCAAUACGAAUGGUGUGUCUGGAAAGUUUUGGAGAAAAAAAUUACUCACUUUGAACAGCUUUCGAUGAAAUUAGCAAAGAAAAUAUUUUUUUGACGGACACUGUGGUGUCCUUCUUGGAAAACAUAUAAAAAAAAUUGUGAGACCAUGUUCGGAGACUAUCAUUUUUACACUGAACAAGCUAUUUUAAGAACAAUUUUAUAGUUUUUGAGCAAAAACGUCUUCAAAGUCUGUAUUUUUGUUCGGCGCUCAAACUUGCUCAAAAUCUGCACUGGAACAAGCUUAGGAAACGGCGAUAUACGCGAAAAAGCUGUUCUCCGCAAAACUAUUUUAAAAAAGAAGCAAUUUUCAGUGUCGGCGUGCGCGCAAAAAUGCGUGUCGGACGCUCUCUCGCAAGGAUGCGUGGUGCUGACGGAGCCGGUGAUGUCCGUACAAAUCGACGUGCGCAGCGACGAGCCGACGCAGCCGAUCCUCAACGAACUCGCCCGACGUCGGGCGCAAAUUCACAAUUCGGAGCGGAUAAACGAGCAGACGGUCCGGAUUGUCGCACAAUUGCCACUUUCGGAGACGGAGAACUUGUCGCGCACCGUCCGAACUCUGACCUCCGGAUUCGGGGACAUAAGUGUGCAGAUCAGCGGGUACCAGGAGGUGCCCGAUCACGAGAGGAGCGCCAUUUUGGAGAGGAGGAUGGGCGGAGUCUAG